CCUACAGAGUAAAAUAUAUUCAAAGUUCUCAAAUUCGAUUGGUUAAAGCAAAGGAGGCGUGACACAGUUCUGCGCUCUGAUUGGUUAAACCGUAUCUUAACCUAAAGGCGUAUGCUAUUUUGACAUUAGUUUUGCAUGUGAAGUUUUUUGCUUGCUAACUUUUCAUCUCUUGGGUUUUAUAUCUAAAAACUAAGUUUGUAAAUGUUGUGUCGCGGUGUUAUGAGGGCUGUUCGUGCUUCUGCCCUGGGCUUGUUGUCCAGUCUUGCGCUGAAGGAGAGCAGUAUGUGUCUCAGGACACCGGUCAGCGUCCGCCUCUGCAGCAGCAGCAGCGAUGAGGAGAAAAUCAGCCGCUAUCCUGUGCCUUACAAGAAAAACCUGCCCUACGACAUUGUAGAGCUGAUGGAGGAGGUCGAAAUAAAGGGUGGUUUCCUUCCAAACGUCUUCAAGGUCCUCGCUCACCGUCCCGAAGAGUUUCGAGCUUUCUUCGCUUAUUAUAAUUUGCUCAUGAACAAAGAGACCGGUUUAUCAAAGGCAGAGCGGGAGCUGAUUGUGGUAGCAACCAGCGCUCAUAACAACUGCCUCUACUGCGUGGUAUCGCAUAGUGCACUACAUCGUAUCUACUCUAAGAAGCCCACGGUAGCUGAUCAGGUGGCAGUGAAUUAUAAAGUCGCAGAUAUUACUGCACGGGAGCGAGCCAUGCUGGACUUUGCCAUGAUCGUGUGUCGCAGUGAGACAUUGACCGACGAACACUUCAGCUCACUGGAGGCUCACGGAUUUGAUCCAGAGGAUAUUUGGGACAUCGCUGCCAUCGCUGCCUUCUUUGCCCUGUCUAACCGCAUGGCCCAUCUCACAGACAUGAGACCUAACACAGAGUUUUAUAACCUAGGCAGAGUGCCUCGAGACAAAUGUCCACCAGACACAGAGAACAACAAGCUGUAGAGCAGAGCACUGCUGUGGUCAGAGAUAUCACAGACCAAACCGUAGUGUCACUGUUAUUUUUAUUGAACUCCUAACAUAUUCAACCAAUAAAAUGAAUCAUUCUCAAAUCUAGACAUUUUGUUUAAUGUUAUAAAAGCAUUAAUAAUGCCAGAGAUAUUUCAGAAAACCAUAUAAUGCUAUUCAUUUUCUGUGGUAUCAUUAUUACAUUAAAAAACGAUCCAAAUCCUUUUCUGUCCAAUUCCUCAUAGUUUUUCGGGUCAAUUGCAACCAGAUAAAUGCGUAUCGUAUAUUUGACAUCUCUGACCGUAAAAAAAACUGAGCUGUGAAAUAUACAGCAAAAUUUUAAGCCCUAUUCAGACGGGAUUAGUGUUACAUGGGUAGACAGGGUUGUAUUUCUGGAAUCCUAUUCUCUCAUUGGGUCUUUAGAUCAUCAGUCGUUGUUUGUGUAAAUAUUUGUCAAGUUGAACUAAAAAAUGUUUCCGGGUUACCAAAAGUUUCGAAAAAACGCUGAUUUUCUAAGUACUUAAGUAUAGAUAUUUCAAGGACAUAUAGAGUUUAAAACACAUUCGUGAUUAUAGCUCAUUUGCAUAUGGUGACACCCACAAAACUCCAUAAAGUUAUUAGGGAUUUGAUUUAGAUUUUUAUGCCAAUUAAAAUAUUGAUUAGUGUACAAUGCAUUAGCGUUUGUUUACGGCUAACAGCCAUGCACAAGCAGCCCUUUGGCUUUGUGUUGCCUCGCUUUCUUUCUUUUUUUAGAUUAAUGCCAACAAUAUGAAACUACUGUAGGAUUUUUUGAAGUCCUUGAUCCUAGUGAACUAGCAUGAAAUGUUUUUGUUCUAGAGUCCAAUGCACUUCUAUCAGUAAGAUCACUCUAUAUAAAAGUCUCUGAUAAAUAAUAAAUGUAAUAAAAUAAAAAUUAGAUCAAAUAAAAUUAAAAAGUUUAUGCUCGAUAAAUGUUAAGCAAGGGCUUCAGAGUGCUUUAGGUUUUUGUAUAAUACUGAUACAGUCAGAUGAUAUAACAGCUUUUAAGUAUCUUAUGUUAAUUUUUUAACAUUGUUUAUUCUCUGUAUUUUUCUAUAAUUGGUUUCUUCUUAAACUAAGCAGAUUUGUAAGACUAGGCAAAAAACUGUACAUUUUAUGACCUCCUAUAAUAUCUAUCAGAAUUUUCUAUUAUCUAUUCAGAAUUAAUGUAAUAUCUGAAUAAACCCUGAUCUAUUCUCAAUACGUCUUGUACUGUUAAAUAAUGAGGGUGGAAGUGGAAGUAUGAUAACAGCAGAGGGAGACAUCUCAUUGUUAGCCUUUGCACUUUGGUUCUAUUCUGUAUGUGUGAUUUUAAUGUUCUUGCAGAAAACUGUGUGAAUGUUUGUGUGUAUCUGGAAUUCAAGAAUAAUAUUUAAGUCUAAACUUAUUAAAAGCAAAUUAAAGGA